GCUCGGUUGUCUGGCCAUUGUCACUGUUCUUGGCGACAUCUGGAGCCUGCUGUACGCCUGCAUUGCCGUUUCCGUUGCUGUUUGCGUCUUCGGCUUCUUUGCACUCCCGUUGGUGAUCGCCAAGGCGAAUUUGUAUACGUUCCUCAGCAUGGCGUCGUACAUUCAGCUCCCCGGUGCCCUGGACAGCUUCUACAUGGCCAGGCCUGAUUGCCUGCCCGACGGACCGCACUUCUCGUUCUUCUUCUACAACACGGUCGCAAGCAUCAUUGGAAACAUUGGUGGCAUUGUCGGUAUUCUGCUGUUCAGGUACGUGUUCUCGAAGAAGAGCUACCGCAUCACAUUUGUCUUCACCACGCUUGUGAUGGUUGUGGCCAGCAUCUUUGACCUCAUCAUUGUGGAGCGGUGGAACCGUCCGCGUGUCAGCGAUCACGUGGUGUAUGUGCUUGGUGACCAGGUCGUCUACCAGGUGUGUUACAUGCUGCACUUCAUGCCAGGCAUAAUCCUACUUUCCCGGCUGUGUCCGCGUGGGACGGAGAGCAUGGUGUACGCGUUGCUAGCAGGGUUCGCGAACUUUGGGCAGGCAGUUUCGAACACCGUCGGCUCGCUGUUGAUGGAAUUUAAGUGGCCCGUCGAGACGGAUCCCGCUGUCGGCUGCGACUUCAGCAACGUCAAGUGGCUCUUGAUUGUGGGGCACCUCCUCUGUCCGCUCGUGUGCAUCCCGCUGGUGUUUCUGCUGAUCCCGGCCGCACGUAUCUGCGACAACAUUGACGUGGAUGGUCGUGUCGUCCGGCCACAGGAGCCACCCGGCGACUGUAAGGUUGAGGGAAGCAGGGAGUCAUUGAGUGCUCAAGAGCCCGUGCUGAAGUGA